UUGCAACCAACAUGGCGGCUCCUGACUGCGUCUUCCACAGAACCCUGAACCGGUCCAGACCCGGUCCCACCCAGGCAUCCUCGUCCUCCCCUGUCGUCUGCAGGGACUUCCUGUUUGUGUUGGACCUGCAGCGUUACAGCAGAGACCAGGGGUCCUCCGUCUACUUCCCCCAGGCCGUCCUCCACGGGGACGACCUGUACGACGUGACUCUGGGGGACGGGGACUGCCGUCUCAGAGUCACUCUGGACCCAGGUCUGAACCGGCUGGUGGACAGACGUGUCCUGCAGCGGGGGACCGUCCUGAGGAACACCACCCUGCUCCCAGCAUGCAGCGGGGCGUCGGGGGACAGAGACAGCAGCUUCCGUCUGCUCAGUGUGGAGCUCCAAGCCGAUGAUGAUGAUGAUAAUGAUGAUGAAGUCCGGAGGCUCCAUGUGGAUCAGGACUUGCUGCCCUGGUUCAGAUCCUCAGGACCUGCAGGUCUGCCAGUCCCUCUGAGAGCCAAUCGUAGCGUGUUUCUGCCUCUAUGGAACAACGUGGACCACAGUGGGGCAGCGUGGAGGGAAGCCCCGCCCCCUGAGGACGAGAAGGACGAGGAUGAGGACGAGGAAGUCAGGUGUCCCUCAGUGUGUGUGUCCAAGCUGCGAGACUCAUUUCUGAAUGGUCGCCGCGGCGUCGGCAGGGGUGCCGUCCAGCAUCAGCUGAUCGUACGCAUCAUCAAGAAGUCUCACCUGAUGUAUUAUGGGAAAACAGACCGCAACUGUGAGUGUCCAUAUAAGGCUGUGUUGGAGGUGUGUGACCGGACAGGAAGUGUGUGUGUGGUGCUAUGGAACAGUGUGUGUGUCAGCUGGUACCGCUGUCUGAAGCCUGGUGACAUCAUCAGCCUGAGAGGAUAUCGAGUCAAACAGCAGUACCAGAUGGAGCCAGAGGACAUGGAGAUCAGUGUGAAUAGCAGAAAUCCUGCCGCUCAUAUCUCCGUUCUCCCAGAAUCCUCAGUGUCACCUGAAUAUCUGCCGCCAGAGCCGAAGUACAACUUCUGCAGCAGUCAGGAGCUCCUGCAGCGACCUCAUGGCGUCCUGUGUGAUGUCAUCGGCCUGCUGACAUUCUCAGGACGAGCAGAGCGAAUCAGGAGCAAAGACGGCAGAGGGGCGGAGCUUCUGGAGUAUCGCUGGCUGCGAUUGGAGGACGGCACAAGCAGUCAGCCAAUCAUGGUGAAGCUUUUCUCAACGUCUCAACCUGAAACACACCGCAAGCUCCACCCACUGUGUGUGGUGGUGUGCAGCAGUCUGCAGGUGGUCAGGUCUUCAGGUGUUUCAGACAAUUUCUACCUGACCAACUCGACCUUCACACAGGUGUACUGCACAGGUCUGGGGCAGCACUGUGAGAUGAGUUACCGCUGCCUGCGUCCCGUCAGACUCUUCGUUCGCUGGCUGAGGAGCCAGGAUGACGAACAGGUGCUGAGCAGGGCUCUGAUUGGAGGAUUCUUCAUUCACCCGCCUCCUCCGGUCGCUCUGGAAACAUAUAUGAAGGACAGGAGAGGUGAGCCAGGGUUCCUGCGGGGGGCGGAGCUUCAGAGGGAGUUGGCGAGGCUCUGUUACCGGGAGCGACGCACCUUCUGUAUCCAGGCAGCUGUUGCCAUGGUGACGUACAGCCGCAGAGGAGAGGAGGAUCAGAGUUUGUUCUGGACGCUGCAGGCUCCCUCCCUCUCCUCCUCCUCCUCCUUGUCCUCUCUCCUCCCUCUCUCCUCCACCCCUCGCUCCUUCAGGCCUCCUCUCUCCUCCUCGUCCUCGUCCUCUCUGCCGUCUCCGUCUCUGACUCCGAGUCCUCUGGACAGAUCAGGCAGGAAGCUGAAGAGGAAGCAGCUGCUGCAGGCCGAUACUCCCAACAAGAGACGUCCGUGGGUCACCCUACAGCCGGAGCAGGACAACAACAACACAGUGAUUCUGUUUGAAGCCUCCAUGGAGUUUCUAGAAAACAUAAACGCUGAAGAAGAAGAUGAAGAAGACGAUGAAGAAGAAGAAAUAGAAACGUCGUCUUUCGUCACUGCCCCCCUCCAUCCCGCCUUCCCAGCGGUCGCCACGGAGACGCUGCCGAUGCGUUACGACCACGCCCGCAGGGAGGAGCAGGCAGGCGCUGUGGCGUUGGGGGGGAGUCGGUCCUCCGCCGGGACGUUUGAGUCGCCCAUCGAGGGUUACUACACCCUGAGACUGACAGCGCUGUCAGAUGGCGUCACUGUCCACGCCAUCUUCCUCCCUCACACCUCCCACUCCCCCCCCCUCCUCCCUCACUCAAACACCUGGACCUCCAUCCUGUCACAUGGAGCCUUCUCGCCACACACACCACCCCCGUCACCAGCUGACCUCAUCAGCAUGGCAGCGCAGCUGUCCAAUCAGAGGCUGGUGUGUGUGCUGGAGGCGUGUCACCUGGGCGGAGCCUCCUGCGAGCUCGUCCUGAGCCGAGCAUUCCACCUGACCGACUGACAAACACCUUAUUCUAAACUUUUUAUUCUUGAUAAUUUAUAUUAUUUAUUAAAGUGUUGCUGUGUGUUUGAAGUCACCAGGAUACACAUUGAUGCACUUUAUCAAUGUUGGGAGUUAUUGUUCCUUUACUCUAAGAUUGAACUACAUUUAAACAGCACCAGUGACACAUUUAAACUCCUAAAACAGUUUAUUUAUAAGAAGUUUGUGCCAAAUGUGAGCGGAAUGCUGGGAUUUGUAGUUUUUGUAACAUUUCAGAUUGAAACCCUGAAUAUUAAGUCAGGCGUGACAGCUGAGAGACUGGGGUUAGUUCCAUGUAUGUUUAAAAACAAAAUCUGAAGUUUUUUCGUGAUAUUUCAAGACUUUUUCCAAACCACAGGGUUUUUUUCACUUUUAUGUGCAAAUGUGAAAAUGUGCUGAAAAACGUGUAUGGAAGCAUGUAGUUUUAGGAGGUGUGUUUUCAUCUCUGUCUUUGUUUUUAAAUAUGUUUGUGUAUCUGUGGACCUUUAACAGUAUGUUCAGGAAGUAUAACAACAAAGAAGAAAAAUGUGUAAAAUGUUGCUGAUAUUUGAUCCUGAACAAAACAUAAAAAGAUUAUUUUCAACCACAGAAAUGUAAUGAAGUAUUUAACAUGUUUUCCUGUUUCUUCUACAUUAAGUGAAAAUGCCAUAAGAAAUGAUAACAUUAUGCAAAACAGCUACAAAUAGACUGAAAACAACUACAAAGAGAGUGAAACAACUGCCAAGAGACUGAAAACAACUACAAAGAGAGUGAAAACGACUGCAAAGAGACUGAGAACUACUACAGAGAGGCUGAAAACAACUACAGAGAGACUGAAAACAACUACAGAGACUGAAAACAACUACAAAGAAACUGAAAACAAUUACAAGAGAUUGAAAACAACUACAAAGAGACUGAAAACAACUACAGAGACUGAAAACAACUACAAAGAGACUGAAAACACUACAGAGAGACUGAAAACUACUACAGAGAGACUGAAAACACUACAGAGACUGAAAACUACUACAGAGAGGCUGAAAACAACUACAAAGAGACUGAAAACAAUUGCAAAGAGACUGAAAACAACUACAAAGAGACUGAAAACAAUUGCAAAGAGACUGAAAACAAUUGCAAAGAGACUGAAAACAACUUCAAAGAGACUGAAAAAACUACAGAGAGACGGAAAACAACUACAGAGAGACUAAAAACACAUACACAGAGACAAACACACACAGAUAUAGACACAGACAAAGACACACACAGACACACGUACACAAAGACACACACAGGCACACAUACACAGAGACACACACAUACACAAAGACACACAUACCUGUACAUAGAUACAGACAUACAACGGAACAAUGACAGCAGCCAGAGGUCGACAGACUGGAAUUUCUGGAUCUUCUGAACAGAAAGCAUUUUGGCAAAACCAUAAUACCUAUCAUUGAUCCGACUUCACUUUGAGCAUCGUGAGUUCUUCCUGAACAGCCACAUGGUUUUUUUUUUU